AUGAGCAAAAACAAUAAGAAAGCAUAUGUCAUACCGAAGGGAGCUGGACAGACCAAAAACCUUGGAGAAGGACUUCGCGCCAAAGAGGAGCAGAUUUCGACGCACUUUAAGAAGAACACGUAUUUUGAUUAUCAGCCUGAGUUAUGUAAGGAUUACUAUGAAACGGGGUAUUGUGGGUAUGGUGACAAUUGUAAGUUCAUUCACGAUCGAAGUCUAACAAAAAGUAGUUUAACACUAGAAAGGGAAUUUGAUGAACGGCAGAAGCGUGAUGCCGAGAAAUCAGUUCAAGAGAUAUCGAAAAAGGAUGAUGUGAUGAAGAAACAAAAAAUUGAAGAUGGCGCUGAGGAAGCACAGAAGAAGGUAUGUCCCAAAUGUAAGAAAGAGUACGACGAAGAACGGACUAUAAUGGUGAUGAAGUGUGGCCAUUACAUCUGUUGCGACUGUUGCAUAGGUACUAAAAAGUGUCCUCUAUGUGAUAAACCAACGACUGGCGUAUUCAAUAAACUGAAAAAGAGGUGUGAAAAGUGA